CCCAACUGAAGGGUUCCUCCGCGAAGCUCUCACGGAAAAUAGUUCCUCUGGACACAGGUUCGCAGCUGUUUUCUAUGGUUAGUGCAAACCCGUAGUUAGCAAUGGCCUUUCUCAGAGCCCACGAAGCCGCUCCUGUUCCUGGGACGGCGAGGUAGAGGGAGGGUUCGGGGUGCUCUCAGACACGUGCGGGUGGCGGCGGCGUACACAUUCGUAGAGCAACGUCGCGACGCUGAGGAGGCGGGGCCGGCGAUUUGAAUCCGGCGGCGGGCGGCAGCCGUGCUGAGUUGAAGUGACCAAAGAGCGGCGGUCUAGAGGUCAAGGCGGCCACGACACUCAAGUGCGGCGGGGCGUUCAGAACAAACUCAAGCGGGAGGAGAGCCAAACUGCGGGAGUGAGAGGGCAAGUGUCCUGGUCUGGAUUUCAGAUGGAUACCGAUUCAAAUGACAGCGAGCUCCCUGAAACCAAAGAGGCUGCUGUUAAUAAUAUUGAAAACGCCGCAUUCCUUUUGGGAAAGAAAAAGCUUGUCACUCCUCAGAAGCAUGCAACUGAAGCGACUCCUAAUCUUUGCACACCGGAUACUUUUAAAUCACCUUUGGACUUUUCCACAGUAACUGUAGAGCAGCUGGGGAUUACACCUGAAAGCUUUGUGAAGAACUCUUCAGUGUGCAUAUUUAACCAUGUAGAUAUUUACUACAAACUGCUAAAUGAGAUACUGUAUCACCAAUGCAAAUCUAAAAAGGAAAGUCAUGGUGAAUGUCAACAGUCUGAGUUCCCUGCACAGUUAUCCAAACGUCAGAGAAGAUCUUCUCGGGCCAACUCUGAUGAAAAUCCAGCUGAUGCAAUUGAUCUGCAGAUAUUCAAUAUUGCUACUCCCAAUACAGACAGAGCAUGUGCUGUUGAAACUUCUCUCGCAGAUCUUCAUGAGGAAUCUGAAUCUUGUUUAACGCAGUCUGGAUAUUUAGUUGAAGAGUCUGUUCCACUUUCAGACCUCACAGAGGCUUCCAGCGGAAUGAAGGGUGCUGACUGCGUGGAAGGCAAAGGAUCAGCGGGUGCUGUUUCACUGGACAAACUUACAGAAGCGAGCACAGGCACAGCUCCUGCAGUCAGGUCCCUGGUUACUCCACAGUGUGACAGGGACAUUCCGUCCUCCGAGACCUCUGUGAUUCGUUCUGUGCUGAAGAAACCUGUGAAGCUGUGCCUAGAAAGCCUGCAGGGCAGCCCUGUAGUGUAUCGAAAUGUUAAUUCUUUGAGAGAACGAAUAUCCGCCUUCCAGUUGGCUUUUCAGUCCAUAAAGGAAAAGGAGAAAAUGACGGACUGUCCUGAACUCGCAGAGGCAGAGGGAGAGUUGCAGACGCCAGGCUUGACAAGCAUUCCUGAGCAAGUUGUAACUGUAAAAAUGUCAGAGCCGAUUAGCUCAUUUCAUCUUUAUAAUAAGCCAAGAAGAACUGGGGCACAUUGUGGCUGUAUUUUUCAUAAAAUNUUACCUCAACCAAAUUUUGAUGACAAGGGGGAGAAUCUUGAAAACAUAGAACCUCUUCAGGUAUCAUUUGCUGUUCUAAGUCCUCUUAGUAAGUCUACAGUCUCUGAGACUCUUUCAGGCACAGAUACCUGUAGCCCUUCAAAUAACCACGAGAAAAUAACCUGUAAGGUUGGUCGAAUAACACGGACCUCCAACAGAAGAAGUCAAUUGGUGGGUUUUGCAGAAGAGACUGUUUGCAGCUUACUUAACACAGAAGCUCAGCCUUGUAAGGAGAAGAAAACUAAGAGGAGGCAAUCUCAAAGCAAGCGCACAGACAAAGUGCUUCCUAAGAAGAAUCAGGUUUUAAAAAGUGGCAGAAAGAAGAAAGCAAAGAGAAAGAAAGGUGUUGAGAAGUCUUUAUAUGGGGAAAGAGACAUCGCUUCUAAGAAGCCGCUCCUAAGUCCUAUUCCAGAGCUGCCCGAGAUGUCACCUGCUCUGCCAAGAGUCCGAAGGAUGUAUUCAGAUGGUUCCAACUCAGAUGGUGAACUUGAAGAAGUGAAGCUUCCAGAAAGAAAGAAUCUUUUGCCUCAGAACUCGGAUUUGCAGAUGAAUCAAGACGUUAAUAAAUCCGAUGUGUCUGAAUUCUGCAGCUCUUAUAUAAAAAGCUCCUUGUCACUUAUUAAUGCUAAGUUUGAUCAAGAUUCAAAUAUAAAUAAUAUAAAAAUUCAUGAAAAUAAAAUUAUUCCAAAAGCAGAAAUUAAGUUGGGAAGUGAAAAUGAACUACAAACUGAGACCGAGAAUAAUAACAGUCGUAUUUCUUGUGCUUCUGUGACAAAAAAACCCAUUAUAUCAUAUCAUCCAAAAUCUGGCCUUAUUCUACAGUCCCAAGAAUUUUCUGCUGCUGGUCAAAAUGUGGAAAACUUUUCUCAAAGCUUUAAAAUUUCAGAAGCUAUAAAGCUUGAAAAACAGGAUGACUUCUUAGUAGCUUCUGCAGGGAAACUGCCGACCAAGCCUUUAAUAUCUGACUCACAAAAAGAACGCGAUUCUUCAGAAGAUGUCUUAAUGGACAGCAUAAAAGAAAAUAAAAGUCAAAGCAAGGAUUUGGGAAGAACCUUCGCAGAAAGUGGCAGUGGUGUGAGCUGUGAAAGGAAACACAGACGACGCUCUAUGUGUUAUUCUGAUGGGCAAAGUUUACAUUUGGGAGAAAAUGGGCAUCACAAACCUUCCUCGGGUGUGAGCAGCUUUGAAGAAAUUAGUUUAGAAAACUCUGAACUGUAUAAAGAUUUAUCUGACUCCAUAGAGCAAACCUUUCAGAGAACAAACAGUGAAAGAAAAGUGAGACGUAGCAUGAGGCUACAAAAUAAUUUGGAAAAUGAAGGGCUUGUGUGGAUUUCACUUCCAGCUCCUUGCACUUCCUUCGUUUCCCAAAGAGCCAAAAGGAGAACAAUAUAUACAUUUGACAGCAGAGGAUAUGAAAAUGUGUCCCCCAGCAAAAAAGUUGUGUCCUCCCGCCAAAAGCCUUGUCUACCGCCCUCCACAUCAGGUCAAGAGAACAGUGAGGGCUUCGCAGCCAGUGCUUCCCGUUUACCUGUGAAGAGGAGGAAGAGCUUCUGUACAUCUGCACUUGCAAACACUGAAAACGCCAAGUCACAAUGCGACAGGAGAAGAAGCUUUCUCAACCAGAGGGGAGAAAGCUCUCUAAAAUGACGUCAAGAGAAUUAAACAUUAUCGGGGAACUACAGCAAUAACUGACAUUUCCUGCAGAACACUUGGCAAGAGAGAAGGUAACCAUCCAUGCUUAAAAGAUUCUUUCCUUCUAGUUCCCAUUCUGUGUUCAAUUUCAGUGUUUUAAAAGUUUCAAAUAAAAUCAUUUGAGUUGAACCUC